AUGUUCGUUUGCGCACUUUCACUUAUUACUGCAUCUUUGUUGAGUCAGUAUUGGUUCGAGAGUACACCAAUAAAUGAUAAACGAGGCAUUAAUAAGAACAACUUUGUUCAUUCCGGAUUAUUCAAAGGAUCUCGUCAGUUGGAUUGGGGAUUAGGUCCACGUUAUAAAGCUUUCUCAGGUUAUGGACUCAUGGCGAAAACACCAUGGGUUUUCACGAUAUUUUUUAUUGCGUUAGGAUUGCUGUGGAAUGUGGUUGGCAUCAUAAUCUGCUUAGUCAAUACAGUUGUUAAGGAGAAUGAUACCGUUGCGGGUCCCAUUGGAAUCUACCUGUGGAGUAUGCUAGCGUGUAGAUUGGGAUUCUCAUUCUAUUUGGAAGUGGCAGCGAUAUGUAUCUUGCUAAUACCCAGUAUUCUGAUGUUUCUUACAGCCGAUAAGAGUCGUCGACCACGAGCUGAAAAGCAAAUGCCUGUUGACAAUACUGUUUUUAUGUACUGA